AAAAAGAAAGUGCCGAACUUCCUCCUCCUCAUGCAGUUUGUUUCAUCAGCCACGAGAUUGAGCCCAUAGUCGAAAGCAUACUUUACCCCCGGCGUUUGAGAUGGGAGAUCCAGUCACCGCGUACACAGCCCGGCUACAGCAACAGGAGCGGGAGAUCCAGAGUUUGUCUGCGGAGGUCGAGAGUCUGAAAAACCCUCAGAACGCGGAGCCGUCGCAGCGCCUGGAAGAGCUGCGGGAGGAAAACGCCAGACUCAAGUACCGCCUGAACGUCAUGAAGCGGAGUCUUCAGGAGGAGACGACACACUGCGGUAAAUCCAUGCUGAACAUCAACCAGCGGCUGCAGGAUGUUUUCGGCGAGGCCAUCAGGGCAUCCUUCCCCGAGCUCGACGACCCGCCGCUGGCCGUCACGCCCAACCAGCAGGCCAAGUUCGGAGACUACCAGUGCAACAGCGCUAUGGCCAUGGCUCAGAUGCUGAAGGCGAAGGGGACGAAGGUGAACCCGAGGGAAAUCGCCGAGAAGAUCGUCCAGAACCUGCCGGAUAACGAGCUGGUCCUGAGGACGGAGAUCGCCGGACCCGGCUUCAUCAACAUCCACCUGAAGAAGGCGUUCGUGUCCAAACUGCUGAGCAGCCUGCUGCUGAACGGCGUUCAGCCCCCGCCGCUCGCCGCCAGGAAGAAGGUGGUGGUGGACUUCUCGUCUCCUAACAUCGCCAAGGAGAUGCACGUGGGCCACCUGCGCUCCACCAUCAUCGGGGACAGCAUGUGUCGGCUCUUUGAGUUCCUGGGCUACGACGUCCUCAGGCUGAACCACGUCGGCGACUGGGGGACGCAGUUCGGGAUGCUGAUUGCUCACCUGCAGGAUAAAUUCCCAGACUACCUGACCGUGUCUCCUCCAAUCAGUGACCUGCAGGCCUUCUAUAAGGAGUCAAAGAAGCGCUUCGACGAGGACGAGGACUUUAAGAAGCGGGCGUACCAGUGCGUCGUCAGGCUGCAGAGCAAAGAACCCGAUUUCAUCAAAGCAUGGAACAUGAUCUGUGACGUUUCCAGGACAGAGUUUCAGAGGGUCUACGACUGUUUGGACAUCAAGAUCAUCGAGAGAGGCGAGUCGUUCUACCAGGACCGCAUGACCCGGGUGGUGAAGGAGUUUGAGGAGAAAGGCCUGGUCCAGUUGGACGAAGGCCGGAAGCUCGUCUUCGUCCCGGGUCAGUCCAUCCCGCUCACCGUCGUCAAGUCCGACGGAGGCUACACCUACGACACGUCGGACCUGGCGGCGCUGCAUCAGCGGCUCUUCGAGGAGAAAGCAGACGUCAUCAUCUACGUCACGGACAGCGGGCAGGGGACGCACUUCCAGGUGAUCUUCGCCGCAGGACAGAUGAUCGGCUGGUACGACCCGCAAGUGACCCGGGUGGAGCACGCCGGCUUUGGGGUGGUGCUGGGGGAGGACAAGAAGAAGUUCAAGACACGAUCCGGAGACACGGUGAGGCUGAUGGACCUGCUGGAGGAGGGCCUGAAGAGAUCCAUGGACAAACUGAAGGAGAAGGAGCGGGACAAGGUGUUGACUGCAGACGAGCUCGUUAAAGCGCAGAGAGCCGUCGCUUUCGGCUGCAUCAAAUACGCCGACCUAUCUCACAACCGCAUCAACGACUACGUCUUCUCCUUUGACAAGAUGCUGGACGACCGGGGCAACACGGCGGCCUACUUACUCUACGCCUUCACCCGCAUCAGGUCCAUCGCCCGGCUGGCCAACCUCGACGAGACCCUGAUCAAGAAGGCAGCGGAGACCACGGAGAUCCUGCUGGACCACGACAAGGAGUGGAAGCUGGGGAAGUGCAUUCUGCGCUUCCCGGAGAUCCUGCAGAAGAUCCUGGAUGACCUGCUGCUGCACACGCUGUGCGACUACCUGUACGAACUCGCCACCACCUUCACCGAGUUCUACGACAGCUGCUACUGUGUGGAGAAGGACCGGCAGACAGGAGAGGUGAUUAAAAUCAACAUGUGGAGGAUGCUGCUGUGUGAAGCCACUGCCUCCAUCAUGGCCAAAGGCUUCGAUAUCCUGGGCAUCAACCCUGUCCAUAGGAUGUGAAUCCAGUCCCCCCCCCCCCCCCCCCCCCCCUACUUCAGCUGAAACAAGAGCGGUUCUGACUAUACACUCACUGGGCUGUAAAUUCUCAUCAAAUCUAUCCGAUCGAUCCAUACAGAAAGCAAAUGUUAAAGUCUGGUUAAUUAAAUUAAAUCUCAGGUGAAGGAUU